AGUUUGGUCCGCCCCUCUCGGCCAGAAGGAGUGUCGCGUCUCAACCUACUUCUCCUCUUCAGAUAAACUCAAGUUUAACCGAAGAUUAAAACUCAGGUUAACCGGUCGCGCGCACACACACGCACACACGGACCCGAGGCCCCUCACAACAAUCGAGAUGGCGAGUGAGUUGUGGGUAGCUCCUACCUGGCCGUGUGUGCUUGCCCUGGUCGGAGUCAGCGCGUGAGGGGGCCGUCAGGGGGCCUUCAAGAGGGGUCGGUGAGGAGUGGGGAUGCCAGCGACGGCCAUGUUUUCGACACUGAAGAGCCGCGUAGGGGUGGGCGGGGGCAGUCAGAACUCGCAGAACGUCCUCGAUAACAAUCCGAUUGUGCAGUAUUACGAAGUUGGCAAGGUAACGGCUACUGCGGGCCCGGAGCUCGUCUGGAGGAUACAUGACGCCUACAGGAAGUCUGAUGGCAAGGAAGUGUCGGUGUUUGUGUUUGAGAAGCGAUGCGCGGAGAAGCUGCACAAACCGAAGCGGAAAGAGACGGUCACCGAACUGCUCAGGGGAAGUGUCAGGCAGUUGGAGCGGUUUCGACAUCCCAAAGUGCUGCAGGUCCUGCACCCGGUCGAGGAGAGCAGCGACACGCUUGCGUUCGCCUCUGAGCCGGUGCUCGCUUCGCUCGCCAACAUCCUGGCCUUCCACCAGGAUGCUCCGUCCACGGCGCAUGCGCCUGCCACGGGCGCCUCCUCGCAGACAUCCGCCUCCAACCACCCCCCACCCCAGCCGCCCCACGCCAAGGACUACCAGUUCUUGGAUAUCGAGCUCAAGUACGGCAUACUACAGAUAACCGAGGCACUAACUUUUCUGCACUACUCAGGUCACGUGCUCCAUCGCAACGUCUGCCCGAGCAGCAUCCUCGUCACCAAAAAAGGCACAUGGAAGCUGGCCGGCCUCGAGUUCACUGAGCGGAUGAACGACAUGGAUGGUUUGGAGCCGGUCUCCUGCCAGCCGUGGACUUCUCGUCUGCCCAAGAUGGCGCAGCCUCAUCUCGACUACAUGGCCCCCGAAGUGCAGACAUCGUCAGUAUGCAGCAUAAUGAGUGACAUGUACUCCUUAGGCAUGGUGAUAUGUGCCAUCUUCAAUCAAGGCCGACCUCUCAUACAGGCCAACCAUAGCAGUUCAGCCUAUCUCAAGCAGAUCGAAGUGCUAGAGGAGCAGGUCCACAAUGCGUUGCCACGUGUGCCUAUCGCCCUGCAAGAAGCGACGGUGCGACUGCUGAGUCGUGAGAGUCGCAACAGGCCUACCGCCCAACUACUCUCUCUCAUCAAGUAUUUCAGGUAA